UUGUAAUUAAUUCCAGGUCAGAUUCUCCUGGGCACUGCGCAAAGUAUGGGUCAUACUCUCUGAUAGAGGACAGAGUGAACAAGGUGGUGGAUGUUCAGCUUGUUCAGAGCUCAGAGGUCCCCAACAGCUCAUGGUGUGAGCUUGAAGGGCUCAAGCGCAGUGUUGCCCUGCUGAGGGGAAACGACCUGCAUUUGGCAACGCUGAUCACGGACCGACAUCGCCAGGUUGCCAAAUGGGUGAGAGAGGAGCUGAUCCCUGAAGGGACACAGCAUUAUUUUGACGUGUGGCACAUUGCCAAAAGUCUGGGGAAGGCAUUGGAUGCAGCAUCCAAAGAGUGUGACCAACUACAGUUGUGGAGGCCAGCUAUAGUGAAUCACCUCUAUUGGACUGCAGCCUCAACCCCAGAUGGCAACCCAGCGGUCAUGGAGGCCAAAUGGAGAAGUUUAGUGAACCACAUCCAGGACAUCCAUGACCAUGACACCCCUGCCUUCUCCAGUUGUGCCCAUGGCCCUCUAGACGGAGAUCAGCGCAACAAAGAGUGGCUGGACCCAGGCUCAUUGGCAGCAGUCAAGUUGGAGAACAUAAUGAUGAGGGCUGCCUUGCUGAAAGAUGUCCAUCAGCUGUCUCCACAGCACCAGACCUUCUCCCUUGAGGCUUACCACUCCCUCAUCUUGCACUUCGCGCCCAAGCACACAGGGUUUUCAUACCUUGGGAUGUAUAGCAGGCUUCUCUUAGCGGCGCUGCAUUAUAAUCACAAUGCCAAUCGCGAGACAGCACGGAGAAGUGACGGGACGGAGAAGUACUGCGUGCGGUAUCCGCGCUUCAGAAAAGGUGCCCAUGUGGUGCGUCCCAUCAAAGAGGCAGCCUCAUACGGUUAUGCAACAUCAUUAAUGAAGGCCCUUCGGGAGAGCUACGCCAAUUCACCCGCGGUUCUUCGAGAAGUUGGCGCCAAUUUGUCCUCCGAUGCACCCGCCCCCAUCGCCAAAUCCUUCGAACAGAUUCCUAAGGAGGAGGCCAUCAGCCUCUACCUAGCCCGGCAGUCACGCUUCAAGAAAACCUAAUUUCACAUUAUUAUUUUUUUCCACGGACAAGUCCAAUGAUUUAGUUGUUAUUAUUUGCAUGAAAUUUCUUUGUAUAUAAUUCAAAAUAAUUUGGUAAUCAUUUUACCUGUGCCUUGUCAACCUCUGUGUGCGGUGUUGUCUGGGCUCACUGUGUCUGCUUGAUGUGCUUUUGCAUGUAUCACUGCAUGUAUGCAUGCAUGAAAUAGUGUGCAUGUGUGUGUGUGUGUGUGUGUGUGUGUGUGUGUGUGUGUGUGUGUGUGUGUGUGAGAGAAAGAGAACCAUCAACUGACCCUCGGGUAUGACUACACUAUUGCAGAAUUAAUUAGAAUUAGAAUUAAACAUUGCGGGUCUAGCCCUUCAUCAGUGUUCCUUGUAUGUUUUGUGCCUAACCAUUUUUUUAUAUAGAUUUAAUUCCAACCUGUGUCUUUGUUCAGUAACCAUUACAAGCAAUUCCAAUCAACUUUUUUUUAUCCAAAAUGCAUGUGUUCUGUGUACUUUAUAACAUUUUAAGGGCAAUUGAAUGAUCACAACAGAAUAAGCAUAACUAUUAUUUUUAUUCAUUUUCAUCCAAACAAGGCCAUUGAAAGCCCUGAUACGUCUGGUCAUCAUUCUGGAAUUGCUGUCUGAUGGUUGAAACCACACAAGAGGGUAGAGGCUUCCUUAUACUCCUCCCUAAAACGCCAUAAGCCCAGCGUAUAGCUUGCCUGUACGCAGUGUACCGGUAUUGCCUAGGGAUAAGUAGGAACGAUUCUUAAGUUUAAAACUCUGUAAGUAGGUUGGAAACGUCAUUUUAAGCCUGUUUCUUAUGCAUGUUUAUUGUGUAUGCAACACAUCUCCUGUCACCUAUAACUGUUGGUUCAAAUGACUCAGUGUAAAAAGAUUUGUAAAGUAAACAUAAACCAUGAACAUA